AUGAAGCUCUAUGCUUUGAUUUCACACUGCGAUACUACUAAUUUAAAUACAAAAUAUGUCUUAAAUUAACUUGUCUCUAUUGACAUAGCUUCAUAUUAAUAAAAUAUAAUCAUCUCAUAUAAUAAUAUAGUAGAUUAAGGUUUAUUUAAUUCUUAAUAUUUGGUUUUUAGAAGCGGAAGUAUUUUAAUUAUAUUUCCUCUAAGCGAUUAACAUAUGAAGACAUUAUAAACAAAUAUAUAAAUAAGUAGUUAUUCUUUUUUAUAAACUGAAGCAAUCAUUUUAUUUACAGAUUAUAAUAAUUAAGUAUACUUGACAAAUCCUACAUUUACGGGUUAUAACUUAAUUAAUUUAAGCUCAAACUCAAGAUUUUAAAUGGUCUAAUCAAUUCUUACACAAAGUUUUAUAUCUGUCAUUCAAACAGACUAAGCUAAUUAAAAACAAAGUCUAAUAAUUUUUGGAAUACAAAAAUAAAUGGAUUCUUAAAAUCAGAUUUAUUAUACUUUAGGAUAGUAAAUAUAAGUUAUCGAAUAUAGUGGACAAAAUAUUUAAGUGACAAAUCUUAUGAAUGUAAUAUAUUUGAUUUCUAAUACAGGUAAAUUUUAUUUGGAAAAAAAUAAAAAUUUAUAAAAUUUAAUCUUAAAAUAAAAUAAAGAAAUUUAAAUUUGGAAAGAGUCAAAACAGGUUUUUUAAGUUAACAUCGAAAAUAGCUUGUACAAUUUUAUAUAGGAUGAUUGCGUAAUAGUAAAUUUUAAUUAAAAUAUUUAUGUCUUUCUUAAUAUUCAAAGCGAUUCUUAAAUAGAAAAACAAACAUAUAAUUACCCUAUUAGAACUUAAAUAAAUACUGUAGUUUUUUACUAAAAUUCAAUAUUAGUAAGUGCAUAUUAUACAAUCUAUUCCAUUUAAUAUUACAAAAAAACAGAAAAAUAAUAAACCUUACAAUCUUUUAGCCAUAGUAAUAGCCAAAUAAAGAUAGAUAAAUAAUUUAAAUAAACUUUAGUGUACAGUGAUGAUGGGAUCAAAGUUAAAAUAUUAUUAAUUAUUUAUGAUACAGAAUAUUAUAUAGUUGGUUAUGUUAAUAAUUAAUAAAUUGCUUUUAGAGAUCAAAUUGGAUCUUAAAUAAUUAACAGUUGGAUAAUACUUCAAAACCUGUUCAUAUAAGUUGAUUAAUAAUUGUAUUAGCUUAAUUUAAAUACAUUUUAAAAGAAAUAAAUAAAAUUUACAAAUAUUAUCAAAAUUUUACCUGAAAAUGAUAAUCUUUUUGUGAUAGAUUGGUCAGACCCAUCUGAUUGUUAAUAAUUACAGUUUACUAAAUUUACUUCUGACUAAACAUAAGUUUGCACACUAUAAUUUCCUAACAAUCCUGAUUAUCAAUUUACUUGUUUCAUUAAUAUUUAAAUAGAAAGUAAUUUAAUUGUAUAUGAUGCUGGAUUCUAUUUCAUAUUAUUUUAAUAUAAUUGCUAAACUCGAAUACUAUAGUAAUAUAUGGUGAGGACCUUUAGAUAUUAUUAUUAGAUAGUAAUACAAUGA